AUGCCGAAAUCUUCUUCCAGUUCGUACAAAAACAAGAUCAAAUUAAGCAAAAAGUCGAUCAAAUCCCGCACUUUAGGACGUUGGAAACCCAUCGACGACUAUCUCUUGAUCGAAAAUGUCCUCGCCGUGAACGAUCUUGCUACAAUCCAUGCCGGCAUCAAAUUUUCCUGUCACUUUUCUUUAGAAGAAAUCAAGGAACGCUGGGCUCUUUUGAUGUACAAUAAGCCUCUUUCGGGUCUGGCAAUCGAUGCAAUGCGCCGUUUGCAUACCGAAACAAUCGAAUAUGCCGAAAGAACGACUUUAUUCUCCGAAAAUGAGGAAAAUUGCAUUAAGAAGGUUACUUUUCCAUGUCCCGACAUCGAAGAUUUUGAGAUUUUGUUGCGAGAAAACGCUGGGACCUUCCAUCGAGCACGAAAAGCUGAAGAUUUGUUCAAACAUCACGAGCUUUUACGGGAAUAUGGAUUACUCCCAGAGCAAAUCGUCACUCCAUUAAACAGUGAAUUUCAAGAUUUUUCAGAAAUGGAGGAAGAUUGUGAUGAAAAAUCCAUGAAAAUUCCUUCAGAAGAGCAAAUUAAAGAGGAAAACCUUAAAAAUCGUCGAAAAAUCAUCAAAAUUCGUGAAUUAGAGGCCGAUUUAGAGCAAUGGAUGGUAACAAGUGUCACAGCAAUAAAUGGUUUUCCUUACUUGUUCCCAGAAAUGGACUCACAAACGUUCGCUAUGCUUCGGGGACGCAUCGUAAAGUACCACAUGAAGCAUCCAAAGAUUACUUUCGGCCGAAAUACCGAAGAAAAUUAUGUUGACAUGGAUUUUUCGUCGGAAGGACUCACUCACAAAGUCUCGCGUCGUCAAGGAACCCUCAAAUUGACUGAAAACGGAAAAUUUUGGAUCUUGAACGAAGGAAAACGGGCAAUUUUUGUUAAUGGAAUCCCAAUUUUGCCACAUCGAAAGGGCCAAAUACGUCACAAUUCCUUGUUAGAAAUUUGUGGAUUGUACUUUUUGUUCCUCGUAAACCACGUGGUCGUCGAUUCCUUCGUAAACUUGAAAGAAAAUUGA